AUGACUAAAUUCAAAGUUUUAGUCGAUUUGAAUGGUUGUGAAAACUAUAGCAUAGCUGUUGAAUGCUGUGAUCAUAGCAUUGCAUUCAAUGCGGUCUACAAUGAGAUCAUUAAACACAUCAAACAUCACAUCUCUUACGACACCCAUGUGUUUGAGAUAUAUGACACCGAUUUCCGUGAAUACUGUGUCAUAACGAGUGAUAAGUAUUUGAUUGAAAACUUGUCGCGAAUUAGAGUCAGAAACAAUAACAUUCUUCACGAGAGAAAUCAGCGAUCAGUUGAUAAUAAUGUGAUGACUGAUAGGCACCGGAAUGCGAGCACCAGUACAAUAGCUAGCAGUGCGAGUGCUUUGGAGGCUACCGGUGCUGAAUGUAGUGAUAAUAAACUGAACACAAGAAUUGAAUGCAAUUAUGGCUUAAAUCUGAACACAAAUAGCAAUACCAGUCAUAACGGAGAGAAUAUUCUUGUGGCACAAGAAUUGCCACAAAACUCGACACAAACUUCUGUCACUAAACCGCCGCUAAAAAUGACACAAAAAGUUGUCAAUAAAUCCAAAGAAGAUAAUCAAAGCACAGCUAAUGAAGGCAUUCCUCAGCAGUUCAUUAACCAAUGUCUGCCCGACGUGUUAGGGCUCACCACUUAUAAAGUGAAACAAAACUUUGAGAAAAUUGUCUUAAAUGUGGACUAUUUUAUGAAAAAUGCUCACAACAUGUCUAAUAGGGAUGAAGUAUUGGACACUAAUAAGGAUCAGGUAUCGCAUUCUAAUGCUGACGAAGACCUGGCAACUUCAUUAGCACCGGGUACUCAUCCAUCGACUCCUAUCAACUACUUGGACAUUGAGUUGAACACCGACUUCACCACAAACUCCAGUUCCAAACAUCUGCCUUAUAUCACAUACACAGCUAAAGUUGGUGACCAAUGGGUGGUUGCUAUGAGAUAUAGUCAGGACUUCAGGGAUAAUGUGGUGAAACAUAUGGAAAAAAGUGGAUUCAAAGAGUGGGAUUACAACAUGGAAGUAGUAAAGGACUCGACGGGUGAUAAGAAAUGUAAUGCCGUUCCGACACUUAAUACGAGUUCAGUGAUAGCACCGGGCGAUAGUGAACAUAAUCCCAUUGACUAUUUGGGACUAACAGUUAACCCUAACUUUACUCUAAACGCCUGUUCCAGACAUUUGUCAUAUAAGACAUAUACUGUCAAACUGGGACGGAUAUGGUUUAGAGCCAUUGUUUGUAAUUUCCCUGAUCAUAUAGCUGUCAUGAAAUUGCUGUCAUUACUGGACAAACAUCGAAACAAUGGUCAGCCCAUGGAAGAGGGGAACUGGCAAUUAGUGUCCAUACAAAUGCCACACAAUAAAAGUACAUAUUUUACACCAAAAGCGUGUCGUAAUCUAUUUAAUAAUGCAUUGGAUUUGUAUAAAAAGACACUGAUUAUGUGUCCAAACAUGGAGAGGGCCGGUAUUGUGAACCCCCUGUUCUAUGCGCUGCAUAUGUUUGAUAUGGAGUUUAUUAUACCGACCCAUGAAUACAAUGAAAUGAAAAGUUUGCGGCAAAAGUUUGGCCAAACAAUUACGACAACUACAACAUCAAAGUCAGCAAUUAUAAGCGCACCGGUGCCUAUUGUUCAACAAAAGUCGCCCAGUAGUGUCACUUCGAGCACAUCACAAAGUGAUCCGGCUAUUGUAAAGUCUGGCCCUAAAAUCUUACCUCAAUUUCCUAUCAGUGCCAUACAAACGGUGCCAUUGGGUGCCACUGGAGGGAAAGCAGUCCAACAAACUGUGCCCAUACAAACUAUUGGGAGUAAAGUAGCCCAAAAGGACCCGGUUAUCAAUAAUGAUUUACACGAACUGCGUGUAAAAUCAGCGAAAAUAAGUGAAUCAGAUUUACUGACAUUUAAAACUCUGUGCGAUUGUGUGAACACAACUGUCCGCGAGUUGGGCUCAUUUGCAGACAAUCCUAAGACGUUUUGGUCGUUCGUGUCGAUUAUGAUGUGCGAAAGGGGUUACAAUCAUACGGAUCCAGUCGUGGACACCAAUCACAAGUGCCAACACAUGUCCAACCCAUUAGCACCGGGCUCUCACCCGUCGGUUCCCAUCAACUACUUGGACAUUGAGUUGAACACCGAUUUCACCACAACCUCCAGUUGCCGACACCUGUCUUACAUCACAUACACCGCCAAAGUCCAGAACCAAUGGGUGGUUGCCAUGAGAUAUCUGGAGGAAGAGAACCGGGCGGUCAACGCAUUGAUUCAGUUCUUUGCCACACAUUUCAGCAAUUAUGACACCAAUGAGUUCAGGGAUCAUGCGGUCCAACAUAUGGCCGACAAUGGAUUCAAUGAUUGCGAUUACAAGAAGUGUUUGAAAUACUUCUCAAAUGCUUUGAAUUUGUAUAAAAUGACUCUGGCGAAGUGUCCCAACGGAUCAAUGGCUCAGACAGUGAACCCACUGUUUGACACAAUGGAUGCAUUUGUUGCCACGUUUCCAAUGAACAUAAAAUACUUGACAGAAUUGACUUCUUUGAGGGAACGCUUCGCACAGAAAUGCCAUCAAUUAUUACAGACUCCACGAGAAGGGAAGAUAAUGGCCACUAAAUUGAAGGCCAACAUCACCACUGAAUCAGAUAAUAAUAAAAGUGGUGCUGAUAUUAUGUCUCACCAUUUAAAUGAUAUGGUGUCAGCACCGGGUGAUAGUGAAUACAAUCCCAUUGACUACUUAGGACUACCCGUGAACCCAGACUUCUGUUCAAACCCCAGUUCCCCGCGUAUGUCAUAUAAGACAAUACUUGUCAAAACGGGUGACCUAUGGCUUAGAGGCGUCGCCAUCGCAGAUACACACCAAAUGGCUGUCAAUAAAUUGCUGUCUCUGUUGGACAGACACCGAGUGAAUGAUGGGCUCAUGAAUGAGGGAAACUGGACUUUAGUAUCCACACAAAUGCGACGAUACAAGAGAUGUGUUGAUUAUAAGUCACAAGUUUGUCGACGACUUCUCAAUAAUGCUUUGGAUUUGUAUAAAAAGACACUGAUUGCCUGUCCAAACACAGAGAGCGCCGGUAUAGUGUAUCCCCUGUUCUAUACCCUCCAUGCGUUUAAUUUGGACUCAAUUAUACCGAUCACUGAAUUGAAUGAAAUUAAGACUUUGCGCCAAAUAUUUGGCCAAACCUUUGACACAAGUGGUGACACAAGUGGUGACACAAAGGCCGUACAGUUAACCCAAAAUGAUAUCGUUUGUAGUGAAGAAAAGCCGCUAGGAUUCCCGUAGCAACCCUUUCAGCAAGUUUUGUUAAAUCGGAAGUUACUACUCCAAUUGCUCAACAUGUAGUUCAGUAAGUCUUAAUGACUUUUUACAAAUGUUUGAAAGUUUUGAGACACGUAUUGCGUGGAAACCACUGUCCGAGAGUUUGGAUGUUUUUCUGACAAUCCGCACACGUUUU